ACCUCCAGCAUGUGAGAGCUAUGGUCAAGACACGCCUUCAUCUCUGAAAUCUGCGCCCAUGCUUGCACACAACAGAGAUUGACAGGCGAAGACGCGAUACAUUGUUCAUCUGUCUCUUUCCCAUCCAAUCCAAAGGCCACAUUUCCCAAGAAGGCGGUUCCUCUGUUAAACUCAUGCUGGUUGUAGGAUUUCUUCGUUGGUGCUGCCGGGUGUUGUAUCGUCCUUCUGUCCUGAGUCACAACCAUGGGCAGUGUUUUGGCUGCCAGUUCCCCAAGCCCUCCAGUCGGUGGCACCCCUGGCGGGGCAGGUCUUGUGUCUGUGCCCGCGGGCUUCACCAUGCCCCCUGUGUCACCGGUUUCGCCCACUGGGGCGCCCACAGACCAGGCCGCCGACGGUGAACCACCGCUGCCCAAUCCUGGAGCCUUUGAGGAAUGCCACCGCAAGUGCAAAGAGGUCUUCCCCAUGCAGAUGGAGGGAGUUAGGCUCACGGUUAACAAGGGACUCAGCAAUUAUUUUCAGGUGAACCACACCGUCAUGCUGAGCACCAUGGGAGAUUCCAGUUACCGGUUCGGUGCCACUUACGUGGGCACCAAGCAGAUGGGACCUGCCGAGUCAUUUCCAGUAAUGGUGGGUGACAUGGACAACAGUGGAAGUCUAAAUGCACAGGUCAUCCAUCAGGUCACAGACGGAAUACGCUCUAAAUUGGCCUUCCAGACACAGCAGCAGAAGUUUGUGAACUGGCAGGGAGACGCAGAGUUCCGUGGCAAGGACUUCACAGCUGCUGUGACGUUUGGGAACCCAGAUGUGCUGGUGGGAUCUGGUAUUAUUGUGACACACUACCUGCAGUCCAUCACUCCAUCCCUGGCUCUGGGGGGAGAGCUGGUGUACCACCGGCGUCCUGGGGAGGAGGGCACGGUCAUGUCUCUCGCUGGACGAUACACAGGCGACAACUUUAUUGCCACUUUGACACUGGGGGGCGCUGGAGCGCAUGCUUCCUACUAUCAUAAGGCUAAUGACCAGCUCCAACUAGGCGUAGAGUUUGAGGCCAGCACCCGAAUGCAAGACACCAGUGUGACUUUCGGCUAUCAGCUGGACAUGUCGAAAGCAAACCUGCUCUUCAAGGGCUCGGUGGACAGUAAUUGGGUCGUAGGGGCGACGCUGGAGAAGAAGCUGCUGCCACUGCCACUGUCUCUGGCUCUCGGCGCCUUCCUCAACCACCGCAAGAACAAGUUCCAGUGCGGCUUCGGCAUCACCAUCGGCUAGAGCCGAACGCCCUUCCCACCUCAAGGACUCUCGGGCACACAGAUGCCCAUCUGACUGACUGACUGACAAACAAACAAAAGCAACAGGAAAAACAGAAAAAAGUAGACGGGACUGACUCCACCACAGCAACGUUUAGACUGGUAGCAAACCUCUCUCUAUCUCUAUCUAUCUAUCCCUGACAAUGCUCAUUGUCCCUCCCCCAUGAUCAUCUCCAAACUACUGUGCAGCGCUCUGUUAUUGCCACAUCUUUUUUCCCCCUCUCCACCUCUUCAAGGAACCCGGAAGACGUGACAGAGCCUCCAUCUCUUGUUCUCGUUCUCUUCCCAGGCACAUGUUGCCUGCACUUUGUGUCAAGCACCUGACUUUUGUCUACAGUUGUCCCCCUUGUCUUGUGUAGAUGAGCACAGCUGUGAUCAGAGGGUCAAGUUGAGCAGAAACAGGGAUUGGGUCAGUCAGUUUUGAGGCUAGAGAUUUCACAGGGUGGAGCUCGUUACGUAGGCAACACCUGGAAGUCUCGGAGAGAUACCCUUACGUACGAAUACACACUGGAUGCUAUCCGGUUACAUCAUUUUUAAUAUAACCAUUGUUAUGUUAUGUUGUCUAGUUCAUACAUUUUUUUUGUUUGUUUCCUGUUUUUUUUUUGUUGUAUUGUUGAAUCUGUAAUGAGCAUCAGGGCUUGGUAAAGUUCUACUGGUAGUUUGUUGGGUCAGGCUGUGAUAAUGUACGUUUUUUUUUUUUUUUUCCCAACUUAUUAUUUUUAGCUUUUUUUUUUAAUUUUUUUUUUUUCAUCAUGGCAAAUAUAUAUGACAUUAUACAUAAAUAUGUAUAAAUAUAUAUUACCUGUACAUAUCUGCUGGGGAACAAAGAUAAAUGCAGUUUCUUAUCAA